GCGCGGCACCGACACCGACACCGGCACCGCCCGCGGCGCCGCCCCCGGGCCCGGCCGCGGAGGUUGCGCGGGGGUUGAACCGCCCGGCCCUGUCGUACGGGGGGUGGCGGCGCCGCCUGACGCAGCGCCCCUCUCCCCGGGCGAAGGUGCCGCUUGCCGAGCGCUGGCCGGCGGAGCGGCCCCGUGUCCCCGCCGGACUGGUGCCUCCCCCGGGGAGCUGUCACAGAUCCAGCCGUGGUGCUGUUUGCUUUGUGGAGGUGCUGGCGGCUCGCUCGGCAGCCAGGCACAUUCGCCUGCUAGCGCUUAGGUUGGAGUUUUCCCCGUGGAAGUAUGGAUGCCCAGGGAGCUGAAAUACUCUGCUGGCGCUUUUCCACUCUGGGAAAGGCAGAGGCCAGGCCCUGUUUACUUGGACAGUCGCAGAAGUUGGUGGCGGACAUUGAAUCUCCAACCUCCUUAGAGACUGACGACGUCUGUAUUUUCGGAUGCACCCCCACCUGUGAACAGGGAAACCUGGAAAGAUGAGAAGAGGAAGCUGAAGCCCGGUUCUUGAGAUGCAGUGAUGAGGUUUCAGCCUAGUUCCAGGAUGGGAAUGCAGUAAAUGAUGCUGAAGCAACACUGAGGCUCCUCCUGUGAAAUAUCCACAGUCCAGUGUGUAUAGAGAAAGCGCUUGCUGGCUCUCCCAAGUGUUGACGGUCCUGUGUCUUCAAGAGAUGCAUUCCAGGACAAGAAAACACUGACUCAUUUGGUUUUGUGAAUAACCAAGAUCCCUGUCCACUACUUCUGAAAAUUCUGCUGGUAGCAUGAUGGAGAAUUGGUGGGAUACAGUAGUGUCACUUUCUGGAGCUGUCUUGGGUAUAAACUUACAUAAGUUCUAAAAAUGGGAAGAAUUUUUUUGGAUCAUAUUGGUGGCACUCGCCUGUUCUCCUGUGCAAACUGCGACACAAUCCUGACCAACCGCUCAGAGCUCAUCUCCACUCGCUUUACAGGGGCAACAGGAAGGGCCUUUCUUUUUAACAAGGUGGUAAAUCUGCAGUACAGUGAAGUUCAGGACCGGGUCAUGCUCACUGGCCGCCACAUGGUCCGGGAUGUGAGCUGCAAGAACUGCAACAGCAAACUGGGCUGGAUCUAUGAGUUUGCCACUGAAGACAGCCAGCGCUACAAGGAAGGCCGCGUUAUCCUGGAAAGAGCCUUGGUCCGGGAGAGCGAAGGCUUCGAGGAGCAUGUUCCAUCCGACAAUUCCUGAAGAGGCUCCAGUCUCUUCUCAGGUUCUCUUCAAUUGAAACUCAAAUAUAAUAAAAUCAACAAAAAAAUCUGCUUACAUACACUGUCACCUUAGCAUCAGAGUCGGAUUCAUGGACUACAAAGUGGGAAAGAUUGUGAGAAUAUUUCAGAUGGAACCUUCCUUUCUUUAUUCCUUUUAUAUUUUACUUUCCCUCCAGCAGCUGUUUGUAGAAAGAAUGUUGUGCAGAUGCUGUAACUUUUACACUCUUUCAUUUACAUCUGUUAGAUUUGAGAUUGUAUCUUAAGGUACAGUGGGCUAGAAAGAAAAUAUUUGCAGGAUUUGUCUUUUGUUGAAGAGAAAUUCAAUGAGGUGUUUUUUUUUUUUUUUAGUUUGCACAAACUGAUGUCAACAUCAAGUUAUUUUAAAUCUACAGAUGUUUUUUUUUUUAAAGUAUAUUCCAACUUUUGGCGUAAGUUUUUAGUUAGGUUUUUGGUUUUUUGGGCUUUUUUUUUUACCCAGCCUUUUCACCUGGUUUGCUAGCAAAAGUGAAGAGAUCCGAACUUGUGCUGAGUGCUAAAGGUUCAGUGUUGGUACGGCUUGGGCUGGCCCAUGUGCCAUAUUCUUGUUGAGGUUGAUUGGUAGCACAGAGCCCAUUAUUUCUUGUCAUUCUUGACCCAAAGAUGUCACCAUUCCUUGUUUAUUUGUGAAGUCCCAUUCACCACGUAAACUGGUGUUGAUUGGAAACUAUCCUUGAAAUAGGGCAAAACUGCUUGGCUUUUUUUAACUUUAACAGAUGUAACUUAUGAGCAUAGUAAUAAUAUAAAGUAAUAGCUGUCUGUUUAGUCUUGCAUUGCUUAUAAAUCCAGCUGUGUUUGUAAUGAUAGGGAUCCACUGAGAAACUACUGUUUCAGUAGUCAUUUUUUUUCGUUUCUCUACUAAUCUCAUUAAGUUAGACAAGGAAUUGCAAAUCUUAAUUCUUCUUCAAGUAGCUUUCUUUAAACCCAGAACUUCCUAUGUUAAACACAGCUGCUGUGUAAAAGGAGAAGAUUGCCAGCAUGUUUGUUCAUGCGUAGAGUUAUGCAAUCUGCAUCUCUUGAAACGAUUAACUUAAACAGCUUGUUUUCAAAUGCUGCUUCUGGUGUUGAAACCUUUAUCUUUCAACUUUGUUGAACUUUUUCAUUGUGAUGUUACGUUUUUAUCUUUCUGGGCAGCAGUACAUGUCAGCCUAGUAGUAACUAGUGACUUGGAUUCCUGCUUUGUUCUUGUAGAGAUCAGCUCUGUUUAAAGCAGUGAUCUUGCUUGCCUUUUUUAGCAAAAAUGCUCUUCAUUAACUUAAUUCAAGGGUGCCCAAACACUUUCAUUGUGUCUUAAGCCAUAAGUCAAGAUCUCAAGGGCUGAAAUUUAUUUGAAUGUUAGAUAUGUAUGAUUUCUUACCCAAGAUAUGAGUUGGUUGUGGUUUUUUUUCCUUAUUGGAUAAAUUGUGGUCAACGUGAAAUAAGUUACCCACAGACGUAGGAAAGGGGGGAAACCCCACCCAGCCAAACAGAUCUGGGUUCUGACCUUUCAGAAUAACUUUUUGUCUCUAGCCACAGCUCCAUAUCUGAAACUAAGGUGUGGAGGAUGGCUAUGCAGAGUAUUUUUCUUAAUGUUUUUUUGGUUGCCAAGUGGCAAGUUGGACACCCCUGACUUGAAUCUACUGCCUCUUUCAUGUAAAGGUAGCUUUGUUCUAGAAAUGUCACAUAGAAAGAAAACAGAGUAGAUCACAUACCAGAGCUGUGCUUGAAUCAAGCUGCUUAAACAAUAGUGUACUUGUGCCUCAAAUGAAUCAGUUUUUGCACUGAGUACAGUAGUACCCCAUUAUCUUGUACUUCUGUCCUUCACAGACCCUGGAAGCGCCAUUAGCAUGGUUCUCUUCAGUACUUUUCUUGUACUUCUGACAUUACAGUACAAUAAAGUAUGUUUUGUCCUGAACUGA